AUGUGGAUCUUUCUUCCUCCCCAGGAGCAAUUUAAGAAGCUGCUGCCGUGGGAGUGCCUGGACACCUUUUUGAUUGAGCUGGACGGGAUGGACAUAGCUCUGGUGGCACCCACAGUCGGCGCUGCCUUGAUUCACUUCGAUACUGUGGUGUAUUUUGUGAUAAGCACGUGCUUGGAGACCCGCACCAUGAAGGCCCAGGACAGGGCCAGGGUGCUGGAGCUUUGGAUACAGGUGGCCAGGGAGUGUCAUAAGUUGAGCAACUACUCAUCUUUGCAUGGCAUAGUCACAGCCCUGAAGGCUGCGCCCAUCCAUAGUCUCCAGGAGACCUGGAGAGCAGUAUCCAGGUGGGUGGGCGUGUGUCUCCUGAGCUGCACCAGCACCUCUCCCGGGUCUGCCAUGCUCCCUCACUGCACUGGGAGGGGAGGGGAGCCCAGCACCUCCGGAGGCAGGAAUGGGUGGCCUGCCAGGGUCUCUCAGUCCACUGGGUGUUAG